GCUGUCAAUGCUGGAUGGAUGCUUAGACUUUGCAACCCAAACUGACAUCCAGCACUUUCAAAUACACACGUCUCCCCAUAUGAAUAAAGCAAAACGGGACUGUUGAUUCUCAUUCUUGAUGCAACAGACUAUGCGGUCUCCAGCACUCCUUCUUGGCCUCCUGACCAUCAUCACCACUGUUGUGUCCAAAACAAUCGAAUAUGAUUUCAACGUUACCUGGGUCCUCGCCAAUCCAGAUGGCGCAAAAGUGCGGCCAACGAUUGGCAUCAAUCACGCCUGGCCACUGCCGCAGAUUCAGGCCGACGUGGGGGACACUAUAGUUGUGGAUGUUCUCAACUCGCUGGGCAAUCAGUCCACGGCUCUGCACUUUCACGGCAUCUUCAUGGAGGGCACCCCCCACAUGGAUGGGACUGCCCAAGUCACCCAGUGCACCAUUCGACCGGGGUCAAAAUUCCAGUAUAAGUUUCAGGUCAACCAGCCAGGAACGUACUGGUACCAUGCCCAUGCCGAGUCACAGUACCCGGAUGGACUCCGUGGCCUCUUGGUCGUGCAUGAUACGGCCUCCCCAUACCAUGAUGAGUACAAUGAGGAGAUCGUAUUCUCGAUUUCGGAUUGGUAUCACGAACAGAUGCCGGAGAUGAUGCCACACUAUCUCCAUCAAUCUAUGCUUCAUGAUCCCACACCAGACUCUAACCUGAUUAACGACACUCAGAACCUCCAGAUCCCGGUUCGACCAAAGGAGAAAUACCUUGUUCGGAUUGCAAACAUUGGGGGCUUCAUGGGACAAUAUGUUUCAAUCGAGGACCACGAGAUGACGAUUGUGGAAGUGGACGGUGUCUAUACGAAACCUGCACAAGCACAGGCCAUCUACAUCGCUGCGGGUCAGCGAUACGGGGUUCUGAUUUCGGGCAAGAACGAUGCCAGUCGCAAUUACGCUAUUACCGUGACCAUGGACAAGACCUUGAUAAUGAUGGCUCACUCGCGACCUCAAGUCACCGUUACCGGGUGGUUAGUCUACGAUCAGAGCUUGCCACUCGACGAACCAUCCGCAGACAUCGACAUCUCCCAAGCAAUUGAUGACAUUACGCUGGAACCGUAUGACUCGGAACCACUCUUCACCUCACCAGAUCAAAGCAUCACUCUGAACAUGGGGACGGCCCGACUUGCAGAUGGAAAUAGCCACUGGACCUUCAACGACAUUGCCUACACCCCGCCCGACUACCCGACCUUAUACCACGCCCUCGAAGCUGGAUCUCUUUCCACCGACACUGCAACCUACAACCAAUCCGCCAACACCUUCAUCCUCGCCGAGAAUCAGACCGUGGAGCUGGUGGUGAACAACGGCCACAUGAGCCGCCACCCGUUCCACCUGCACGGCCAUAACUUCCAGGUGGUCUACCGCUCCGAGGCCGGGAACGGCAGUUUCGCGGACACCGGAGCGACCGAGGCGGAUUUUCCCAGGGUUCCCAUCCGGCGCGACACGGCCAUUGUCCAUCCCGGUGGGAAUCUGGUGCUUCGGUUCCGAUCGACGAAUCCUGGCGUCUGGAUCUUCCACUGCCACAUGGAAUGGCAUGCCUAUUCGGGUCUCGUGCUCACCCUCGUCGAAGCCCCGCUGGCCCUCCAGCAACGGUUGCGACUCUCCUCUCGUAUCCCGGCAGAUCAUCUCGCUGCUUGCGCGCCUGGGCAGUCCUUGCUGUCAGGAUCGGGUGUCGAGGUUGAUAAAGCGGUUCCUUCUUCCACGCCAGCGGAGGUUGAGGGCGAUGGAGCGAGUUCCCAUACGGCGGACGGUCACGAAAGCGCUGCUGCUGUUGGGAGUAAUUGGAAUCGGUGAGUACAGCCAUCUCGUAUCUUCCCUCCGGUAGAUACGGCGGAGGCAGAUCGAAACAAAAGCCGGGGACUAAUCGCAAGGACAGGGCGGGUGCUUACCUCGGUUUCUUAUUGGUCAUGAUGAUAGCCACGGGGGUUGUUGCCUGGCGCGAAGUGCGGCGGUGUGCGUGCGCUGGACGAGACACCAGGUACGCGCCUCUGCGCGCGGGAGCUACGGGAGCUGAAGCUGUCUCUGCUUGAGCUUUUGGCGGGGGAUCAUUUGGUAUAUAAUAGAUGAGCGUGUGGCUGGUAUUGCAAAGCUUCGUACAUAAACGCCCAAACCCAACUGAUGCAGUACAGUACAGCCUUGCUUGUAUGAACCGUCCGUAUUUGAUAGUGCUUGGGGUACAUUUAAUAUACCCCCAUGCUCUGAGUAAAUAGAGUUGCGAAUGCCAAUCGACU